UGUUCACUUACUGGCUUUUGUAUGUUACCAUUCCUGAUGUCCGAUUUGUGUCCAUUUGUUGGAGCUAUUGGGCCAUCUCAUUAAAAUGGCCACUCUGAUUACCAUUUAACCUGGGCUUAGUCUGGUUUAGCAUAAAUCACUAGGAACUGUUGAUGCUAAAUUGAAAUCAGCUGCUCUAAACCAAAAACUGAGCAGCCCCACUGGUUUGCAGCCAUUAAACUAAAGGGUUUAAAAACCCCUUUGAGUUAAACCCAGGACAGUCUCUAGGCACCAGCAAAGCAAGCAUGUGCUUGGGGCAGCCAAAAACCUAGAGCCGACCCUGGCGGCAAAGAUGGCUGCAUUGAAUACAGCAGCACUGUGGAUUCACUCUCUUCGUGUCACGUCUUUCAAGGUGUUUUGCGAGGCGGCUGCGGAGUUAGGUUGCUGCUGUGGGCAGGAGGCAGACAGGGACCUCGCCGCGUAACCUGGAGUGGGUGUGCCAUGAAGUGCGCAGGGGUAGCUAUUUCUGGGGAUGGUGGACAGUGACUACCUGGAGAGGAGGAUGUAUAAAACCCUCAGAGUGCUGCCUUGAGGAAUUCCUCUGCCCUGGAAGGGCCACUGCCCCUGCAAACCCUCUGUGUUUCCAGCUGAGAUCAGCUGUGUCAGGUCUGGGCCCCAUCAGCUGCUGUAAUCUGUGUUGGGCAUCUCUGAGGGACAACUGUACUUCAUGAGGCUGUCAAUGUUUUAAUCUCUGUCACUAGGUAGAAAAUCCCACCUGUACCCCGAGGGACCUGGGCUCGCUACCCAUGGGGAGCCAAGGCGCAAGAGGGGAGCCUUGACCCUUCCCCUUGGCCAGCUCUUAGAGGAGAUCCCCCACUCCCCAGCCGCUCCUCCAUACCUGCCCAAAGGGGCAGCCCCAGGCUGGAGUCCCAGCACAGGGAGGGGGCGCUCCCCGAGCCCCCAGGCCAGGCAGCAGUGCCCUCUGCCUGCUGUGCGCCAAGCCGAGUCCUGCCCACAGAGCACCCUGCCACCCAUGUCUCCUCUGCCCCAGGACAGGUGCCCUACUGGAAAGCGGGGCCUGUCCCUUGGCCGCCUCAUUAGGAAAAUUCUGGUGGCACCUCUGGGGGGUGCGAUAGUGGAACUUGUUGUACCUAGGCAAUGUCAAAAUGCACCAAGGAAAAACUGGGGUAACGGGGGGGUGCAGAGGACACAAGUUACGCAGAUCACUCUGAUUCUAUAGAAAUGUCAGCUGGUAUUUCAACCACAGACGUGAUGCCGGGCGGAGUCGGGAGGUUUAUCUCUCUAAAUGGCUGUAGAAAGACUUUUGCCAUAAAGUUAAAAGAAUUGCAUUGUUACCAUGUGUUUGGGUGCUUUUCCUGUAGCCAGGAGGGGAGGGGAGGGGAGGGGAGAGCAGGGCUGCUGUUGAACUACCAGUCAGUUGGGAUCGGAGGGGGGGUCUUUAAUUCAAUAUUAAAACCUUGCUCCCUCCAUUCCAGCAGUCUUCCCUCGAGCCAGGCCGGGGGCACAGAGGUGGAAAGGCGCAUUGCCCAGUGCUCUUGCUUUUCCUGACAGAUGCUUGUGCUGUGGCGGGGGGUUGCGGAGUCUCACCCUUCAGAGCAGGGGGUCAGUAAAGUCCCUGCUGGCUGGCGGGCAUGCCCCGGGCAGCGCAGAGCAAAACAAAACAACAAAACAUUGCAAAGUACAAAUGUGUAAAACCCAAAAAGGGGAUGGCCAAAAAUUUUUUUGCUUGGGGCUGCAGCACAACUCUCUCAAGCAGCCCAGGCCUAGGCAGGGCUGGUGCUCGCAGUGGGAGGACCCAGACCUCUAGCUUCAGCUACCCCCUUGUAGAACCCUGCUCCAAGGCUUUGAGGCCAUUGUCAGGAACACAUUUCAGGGCUUGUCUGUUGGCUGGGUACCCAGUCCAGCACUUUAGCUCUGGGGGAGCCCACCGCAAACAAAGUGCAGUAGCUGUUAGCAGGCAGUUCCUUUUCUGGAACCAGGGUGCACUCCAAUGGGACAAAUACUGGGGCUGGGGCAAGAAGAGACAUGGCUUUGGCGGUUUUGUGGCCACAGAAAACCUGGGGGAAAGACUGACAUGUUACCCUCCCCCAUGCACAGGGGUAAAGGAUAGGUGAGCUGGCCAAUCACACAGCUACAAGGUUAAGCAGGUUAAGUCAGACAGGCACAACAGAGCCUGGAAGGGAUGGGGCUGGGGGCAGGUAGUGCUGCCCUGUUGCCCCAAGGAAUUCAGUGUGUUUAUGUUGCUCUGUCAGGUGAUUUUGCCUCUUUUGAAUGGGAAGGUGCUGGAGCAGAAGCAGAGCCUGGGGUGAAAGGAGGCUGAGGGAAGCAGUGUUGGGGGAGAGGCUGGGGUUGGGGACAAGGGCGAUGGGGAUCAGUGCAUUUCAGUGAGCUGGGGUAAGGGAGAUGGACUAGGAUGGUUACUGACACAAAGGAGAGGCAGGAUGGCACAGUGCUUAGGGCUCUAGCUUAUGAUUCAGGAACAGCCAUGUUCAGUGCUCUGGUCUGCCACUGGUGUCUCCUGUGACCUUGGCCAGCCACUGGCAUCCAGGCUGCCAAAUCUCAUGUCAUCCUGGUCUGCUGCACGCAUCCCGUCUCCCUGGCUGGGUGGGUGAACUUUAAGCACUAACAAAGCUGCUGCUCUUGUAUUAGGCCAGACACCCUCCCACCUAUUGUAAGCACUGGUCUCUCCCAGUGCCAUCCAUAAGCCUCAGAAGAAAAGGGGUUUGGCCCCAUGGCUUAUCUGGCCCAUCCCUUCUGCACUGAGGCUGCCAGCAAGCUGCCUGUCCAUCCAUGGGGUGCUGUCUGUGAGCUGGUGUGUGGGGCCCAGCAGCCCAAGACAGACCCACCAGGUGAGCCUCAACCCUGAGCUGUCCAGCCUGCUCUGGGGGUGGAAGCUGAUGCACAUGAACUAAUUCCCUCCUGUUGGUAUUUUUGUCCCCUCCCCUGCCAGUACCUCUCUCCGGAGCCAGCUGCGUGCUGUAAACAACAGUCACUGACAGCCCUUUGGAGCUCAAUGCCUUGUGUGCUGCUCCAUGGAAAUCAGUUGCAGCCUGCACACUGAGAGGGCACUGUCCCCAAACUGGCCUGGGAACCUCUCCCAGGCCAGCACAGCUUCUCGGGAGCAGCUAGCUCAUGGAUGUCUAUCUUCCCCUCCCUCUUCUCUCCAAUAGAAACCUGUUUGUCAAGGCCACCGGUGGUCCUGCCCGCUGCUAAGCGAUGGUGUGUGGCUGCAAGUGAGGAGCAGGCAGAUGCAGACUGCAAAGGAGGAUGAAGGGCGUGUUCACUCGCCAAUCUGAGGAGCAGGAGAACAGCUCCACCACCCUGUGCCCCGUCAGGGGCACCUACUUAGCAAUGUUGCCGACGCUCAGCUGUGAUACCGGGCCCCCUUUGUGAAACAGCUGGUGGGAUCAUCUUUCCUGCAGCCCUCACAUCAAAUGGGCUUCACAGACACAGCAGCUGGGGAUGGCGCCUUGCCCCAUUGAGACCAUGUCAGAAGAGCUGCGCAGGGAGCCAGAGGCAGACUGCCCAGUUUGCUGGAACCCCUACAACAACACCUUCCGUACCCCAAAGCUCCUGGAGUGCCAGCAUUCCUUUUGCAUCGAGUGCCUGGCACACCUGAGCCUGGUGUCCCCUGCCCGCAACCGGCUGCAAUGCCCAUUCUGCCGCCACCCCACAGUGCUCCCCUUCAACCAGCCCAUCACCGAGCUGCCCACCAACUCGGAUGUCCUGCGGCUGCUCAAACUGGAGCCCAACCAUAUCAUCCUGGAGGGCCGGCAGCUGUGCCUAAAGGAUGAGCGGAAAUCACGGUACUUCCUGCGCCAGCCCAGAGUUUAUACCCUCAACCUGGGAACAGAUCCAGGGCCCAGGCUAGGUAGCUCCCAGGCUUCCCCUAGGCCGACCUCCAUCCCCAGCCGCUCUUCCCUUCAGAGGUGCAUCCGUAACCCCCAGUUCCGCAUCUUUGCCUACCUGAUGGCCAUCAUCCUCAGCAUGACACUGCUGCUCAUCUUCUCCAUCUUCUGGACCAAGCAGUUCCUGUGGGGCAUAGGCUGAGGGCUUGGCAAGCCCCACAACUGGAGCCCAGAGCUCAACAUCUUCUCAGACAGCAAAAGGGCCCAGGUGACAUCAGCUACUUGGCAUCUGCUUUGGGCAGGGGAGUCCUCUCUGCACCCUCCAGGA